CAAACACACCGUCUUUUUUCCUAUACGGAGGUUAACCAGACGUCAUAACUUUUUGUUAGAAACGGCGUCGUCUCCUCUAACAGCGAAUUUACCCAGAGCUUUCUUUGUUGUUCGGAAUAGGGAAAGAAGAAACAGAGUCGAAGCAUAGCUCCUGUCGUCGAUGGCUUCAGUGUUUCCGGUGAUGCAAUCUCCUAAGAUAUGAGCAGUGCUUCUAAAAACCGUAAUUGAAGCCUUUCUUUAAGGUUUUUGAUUGAAUUAAGUUAAAGCAAGGUACUAUGAGGACCAAGCGCUGCAACUUCUGGCUUCCUAACAAGAACAGAUUUUGUGCAAACUGUCCUCUCAAUGGUUCCUUAUUCUGUGGAAAUCAUAACUCAAGGUCCGAAGGCCAGUGGAUCCCAUGCCCCAUAGAUCCAUCCCACUCGGUGCUUGAGGAAAAUCUCAAAGGGCAUGUUAAGCGGUGUCCAUUGCUGAAACAGGCUCAGUCCUUGUCUGUCCAACCUUUCUAUCAAAAGGGUAUCAAUACUGGUUCUGAUGGAGAGGAGGAGGCAUCUGGGGUUGAUGGUUCAAGGUUGCCAAUAAAGACAAUUUCUUCCGAAAUGAAGAGGAAUGCUCUUCAUGAAAUGAGUGUGCCUGAAUUUUGCAAGUUGAUUGAAAAGAUUGAAUUUCUUCAUGAGUCGUUGUGUAAAGAUAUUCAGGACUCAGUUCAAAUGCCAGAGGUCUGCAGCCUAUGGAUUAAAAGAGGAGUCGAAGAGAGGAAAUUGCCAUUUCAAGAGAAACAUAUAAUGCAGCAGGCAUCUAUUGUGGGAAAUUUGGAAAACUUUGGGUUACUGAAGAAUUCUCAUGGAAGGAAACCUUCUGAGUGUGUGGAACCAGUUGAGAAGAAGGACGAGGAUGUCCCUGCAGUGAUUGAGUUUGGUGCUGGUAGAGGGUAUUUGACACAAAUGCUCGCAGAUUGUUAUGGAAUCCAACGAGUCUUUCUAGUUGAGCGAAAGGCAUACAAGUUGAAGGCUGAUCGAUCACUGCGGCAGAAUGAGAGUUUGAUGUUAGAGCGCUUGAGAAUAGACAUUGAAGAUCUAGAUUUGAAUGCCGUUGAGUCCUUGCAAGGAGUUCCAUUUCUGGCCAUUGGUAAACAUCUAUGUGGAGCUGCAACAGAUUUAACUUUGAGAUGCUGCUUUCCUGAGUAUAGAAAAGAUAGUAGUGAACAGCACCCUGCUAACAGUAAGUUUGGAGGUUUAGCUAUAGCAACAUGUUGUCACCACCUUUGCCAAUGGAAACACUAUACAAAUAAAAGGUUUUUUCUGGAUCUGGGGUUGACAAAAGAAGAAUUCCAUGCCAUUACAUGGUUUACCAGCUGGGCAGUAGAUGCUAAUCAUGAUUCCGAUCUUCCUGAUACAACCAAUUGUAUAUCACAUUUGCAAUUCAUAAAGGAGCAAGGUGAUGGAUAUGCAGACGGAGUUGAAAAAAUUCUUUCAGACAUGCAAGCAGAUAGACGAGCAGCAUUGGGAUUUAAGUGCAAGUGGAUUAUUGACAUGGGCAGGUUGAUGUGGUUAAGAGAGCAUGGAUUAGAUGCAAAGCUUGUCAAAUUUGUUCCAUCUAGCAUUUCUCCUGAAAAUCAUUUGCUAUUAGCUAGAUCUUCAAAUUGAUUUUGAAAUGUUUAUUUCAUUCUCUUGUUUUGCAUUUAUCGCUGGCGUCAAUAUUUUUGUUAGCUUGAUACCUUCAUGUUCUUUUUGAUAUACUUAAGUAAAACGAGCAGAACAUGACAACUUACUGUCUUAGGGAUUCUGAUUGAAUUAUUUAAUGGCAAUUGCUUGGUGCAA